CUGUUUUGGCGCCAACCGACCUCACACUCGCAGAUGAUUCGUCAGAUUCGUGCCUUUUUUCUAAUGUUUACAGUUUACACUUUGGAUCUAGGAAAAAGUACGAUAAUUAUUCUGAAUUAUUGAAAACGCAAAUCAGAAACCAUGGAGGGCAGGCCUCCUCUUGAAAAGGAUGAGUACGAGAUUCAGUUUUACGAACGCGCCGUGCGAGAGAUGUACAAAGAACUCGACGAUUUCUACCUUGAUAAUGCAACCGAGUCCAUGAAGAACAUGGCAAAGUUGGUCAAAAGGCAGCUGGGAGAGGAAAGGAAAGACAAAGUAGCGCACAUCGACAAAAACCUGGACAGUGUCUGCAAAGAAAUGGCUGAGCGGACCAAGAGGAAGCUCGGAAACCUGCAGGACAUGAUGGAGAACAAAAUUUUCCAAAUUCCUGACGACGUCGUCCUUCCCGAAGACAAGUGCCAAGUUCUCUACGCAGACAUGACCAUAAACAAAGUGGACCAGGAGUUCGACCAACUGCUUGCUCGGUAUGAAACCGUCCGAUUCCUCACUGAAGCUGCCAACGAUGAAAUACAGUGCCACCAAAACAUGUUUCCUGCGACCAAAGAGAUUGUGGACGACCUGGAAAAGCGGGCCGAGAGAAUAGAGGGUCUGCGUGUCAAACCCGAGACUGUGGCUCAACUCGGCAAAAUUGAGGAAUUGUUGAGAAAAUAAUGGUGGGAAGUAGUGAAAUGUGUUUUGAUUUAUGAAAUUAAAGUUAAUUUUAUUUAAGACAAUGAGAAUUUGGUUUAAAUU